CAGUCCUGGCAGGGCCGCCAUUUUUGCAAAGGGAAGAGAGACUGCUUUGAGGGGAUCUAAUUUCUAAAAGUCGCUGUGGACUAGGGCACAGUUUUUAACGGUUUCGAACUGAUUCUAGGUCGCGUCUGUGUGCCCCUGUUAAACGAGAGGCGAGUGAUUUUUCCGGCGGGAAAGGACUCCAGAGGGGACACGUUUAAUUCCAAACAUUUUAAAGCUUGGCUGGGGAUCCGCAGUGUGUGGACAGAAGUAUUGUUUUGGUUGUGGAAGCUGUGUGGAAAGCGACGGGGGUCUCACCCAGGCCCCCUUAUUCUCUAUUCGGAUCCUCCAGAGUGGACAUAAAACGGCCUUGUGGAUGCACUUAGAUGUCUGCAAUGACUGCUGUGGCUGGCAUGCCUCAGUGUUUUGGACUCCCUUUCUCUGGACUCAGUAGGACAAGAACUGAUCAACAGAGAACGUCAUGAGCAUAGUCAUACCAGUAGGGGUGGACACAGCAGACACCUCAUACCUGGACAUGGCUGCGGGCUCAGACAGACCAGAGUCGGUGGAGGCCAGCCCUGUGGUAGUGGAAAAGUCCAGCUACCCGCACCAGAUUUACAGCAGCAGUUCUCACCAUUCCCACAGUUACAUUGGCCUGCCUUAUGCUGACCAUAACUAUGGGGCGCGGCCCCCACCUACGCCGCCGGCCUCCCCUCCCCCCUCCAUGCUGAUCCGCCAAGUCGAGGGGGGGCUGUUUGUUCCAGGGGGGCAGGACGAAGCAUCCAGGGGCACCACGCUCAGCACCUCCGAGGAUGGCAGCUACGGGGCGGACAUCACCCGCUGCAUCUGUGGCUUCACCCACGACGACGGCUACAUGAUCUGCUGUGACAAGUGCAGUGCCUGGCAGCACAUAGACUGCAUGGGCAUUGACCGGCAGAACAUUCCUGAGACCUACCUGUGUGAACGCUGCCAGCCCCGACACCUGGACAGAGAGAGGGCCAUCCUGCUGCAAACCAGGAAACGAGAGUGUUUAUCUGAUGGGGACACCAGUGCUACAGAGAGUGGAGAUGAGGUUCCACUAGAGCUGUAUUCUACCUUCCAACACACGCCUACCACCAUCACCCUGACAACCGGGCGCCUCAGCAAUAAGCAGGCUGAUAAAAAGCGUAAGAAGAGUGGCGAUAAGGAGCCUCCUGCAUCUUCAGCCCGAGCGAAGAAGGCCUUCCGAGAGGGUUCCAGAAAAUCCUCGAGAGUAAAGGGUGCUGCUCCCGAGCAGGAGCCGGUGGAGCACCCGUCCAUGUGGGAGAACAAGAUCAAGACGUGGAUGGAGCGCUACGAGGAGGCCAGCAGCAAUCAGUACAGCGAGGACGUCCAGGUCCUGCUACGAGUAAAAGAGCAAGGCGACGGAAAGAGCCUGGCAUACAACACGCACCCAGCUUCCUUCAAACCUCCUGUGGAGAGUCAAGUUCAAAAGAACAAGAAGAUCCUCAAGGCGGUGCGGGACUUGGCCCCAGACUCCCUCAUCAUUGAGUACAGGGGAAAGUUCAUGCUUCGACAGCAGUUUGAGGCCAACGGAUACUUCUUCAAGAGGCCCUACCCCUUUGUGUUAUUUUAUUCUAAAUUUGACGGUUUAGAGAUGUGUGUCGACGCCCGCAGCUUCGGUAACGAAGCGCGGUUCAUCCGCCGUUCCUGCACCCCCAAUGCUGAAGUUCGACAUGUCAUUGAAGAUGGCAUGCUGCAUUUAUACAUCUACUCACUGAGGCCGAUCACCAAAGGCACAGAGAUCACCAUCGGUUUCGAUUUCGACUAUGGCAGCUGUAAAUACAAGGUGGACUGUGCCUGUGUGAGGGGGAACCAGGAGUGCCCGGUGCUAAAGCACAACCUGGAGCCCACGGAGAACCUGAGCUCCGGAGGCCGACGCAGAGGGAGCCGCAAGGACAAGGAGUCCGUCCGCGAGGACCAGGGCCAGAACCAGAACAUGGGCCUGGACGGCGAGGGAAAAUCCAAGAGCAUUGGCGACGGCAAGCAGCGCAAGCUCUCUCCCCUCCGCCUCUCCAUCUCCAACAAUCAGGAUCCUGAGUUAUUUGAGGAUCUAGAAGACAAAACCUCCGUUAGCAAUGAAGUAGAGAUGGAGUCAGAGGAGCAGAUUGCAGAAAGGAGGAGGAAGAUGGCCAACCCAGCGGAGCAGUCCCAUCUCCCUGUCGGGGCGGCUUCAAGCUGGAGGGGACUGAAACUCAAGGAGACACGAGAGGAGAGGAAGAUGGAGGCCAUCCUGCAGGCCUUCGCCCGCAUGGAGAAGAGAGAGAAGCGGCGAGAGCAGGCGCUGGAGAGAAUCGGGAGCAUCAAGUCGGAGGUGGGCGGCCGCAGCGACAUCAAGGAGGAGCCGCCGGCCACGCCGGAGACGGCGGAUUCCCCCGCCGUCAUGCAGCCUCUCCUGGAGGUCAAAGAGGAGCCGGGUCUGAAACCAGCCAAGGUCAAAGGCUCCCGGAACAGGAAGAGCUUCACCAGGAACCGCACUCACAUCGGCCAGCAGCGGCGGCGAGCUCGCACCAUCAGCACGUGCUCAGACCUGCAGCCCGGCUCUCCGGCCGAGUCUGUGGAGCCUUUGACCAACGAGCCGCCCGAGGGGGAGAUGCCCGCCGCGCCGGAGCCGGAGGCGAUCGCCUCGCAGGCGCCGGACAGCAGCCCGCCGCACAGCAGCUCACCUGCACCCGACAGGAACCGCACAGGGAGCAAGAGCUUCAAAACUAAAAAGCACUUUGUGAGCGAGUGGGUGGGAGAGAAGCAGCAGGACCGCUGCGCGGCGCGGACGCCGGAACCCGUUCCAGAGCGGCCGCUGAGAAUAAGCAGCGACCCCGAGGUGCUCGCCACGCAGCUCAACGCCCUGCCGGGCAUGGCCUGCUCGCCGCAGGUCUACAGCACGCCCAAACACUACGUCCGCUUCUCGUCCCCAUUCCUGGCCAACCGCAGCCCCACCACUCCCGGCGUGCCCACGGGCAGGCGGCGCUCCCGGGAGCUGCCCGAAACGCCCCCGACGACCGGCUCCUGCAAGAAGCGGUGGUUAAAGCAGGCUCUGGAGGAAGAGGGCUCCACCAGCCCGGCCAGGCGCCCCAGCCUCCUCAUGCCCGGCGACGGCCCCCUCAGCCCCUCCAUCAACGGUGACUCUGACAGCCCCCUCCCUUAUAACGGCACCUGCUCGCUACCAGAGUUACCCACUCCUCUGAAAAAGCGGCGGUUAAGCCCGUUAGACGCCUGUAUGUCGGAGAGCUCCACGCCCUACGGUUCUCCCUGUGCCACACCCACCCGGGCGGACCAAUUGGAGACGCCGGCCACGCCCGCCUCGCAGGCCACGCCGCCGCGGCCCCGAACGGAGGAGCCCGGCGCAGAGCCCACGUCCAGCACGCCGAUGCAGACGCUCAACCCGCCUCAGGAGAGUGACUCUUCAGCCGAGUGCUCGCCUGAGGUCAGUCGGAAACCUUCUGUACAAGAGGCCGAUCGUCCUCCUUCGUUGGCCUCCUCUCCUUGCGUCAGGGCUCCCAGUGCAGAUGGACUCCCGGCAGAAGUCAAGGCAUCGCUUCCAGAGAGUCCGCCGCCUCCACCUGCUGAGUCCGGGGAUUGCGGCGAGGACCGGACGGACGGCACGGCGGCAGAAUGCGCCGGCGAGGCUCCCUCGUCCGCGGAACCAUGCGCUUCCUCUUUCCCCGGCUGGAUAAAAAGCCCAGAGAGGGUCCCGACUGGACCAGCUGGUCUGAACUUCUCUCCAGUCAACUCGAACCUGCGGGACCUCACGCCCUCUCACACCCUGGAGCCUCUGGCAGCCCCCUUCAGGGCGGAGGCGGCGGCCGGCUCCGCGGCGGCGGCGGGACCCGCGGCGGGCCCGGGCUCGCAGCCUGCCUUCAGCGAAGGUCAGGGCCAGCUGUUUUACCCCUGCUCGGAGGAGGGCUCUUCUCUCGGUUUCUCGCGCUCGCUGAACUGCGAGGGCGCCGGCGAGGGAGGAGGCUCAGCUCAGAACCCCCCACAGAAGAAGAAGGUUUCCCUCCUAGAAUACCGGAAGCGUCAGCGCGAAGCCCGCCGCAGCGGCUCCAAGACGGAGUGCAGCUCCCCGGUCUCCACCGUGCCGCCGCUGGGCGUGGACGCCUUCCCCAUCGCGCUGGAGGCGGCCAGCGAGCCGCCGCCUCUGCCUCCGGCUCCGGCCGCCCCCUGCAGCACCGCCAGCGCCUCGACGUCCGCAAAAGAGCUUCAGACGAGCGAGGAGGCGGAGGCCGGCGGAGAGAAAGGAGAGGGCCAAGGAGGAGAGGGACAGUGGACGUCGUCGACUUCUGUGGAGCAGGCCCGAGAGCGCAGCUACCACCGAGCUCUGCUGCUCAGCAAGGACAAGGAAACAGACGGCGAGACGGAAGGUGGAGAAACGCCAGCCCAGAGAGAAUGUGCCUCCCCGAGUCUACAGAAGACCCCCACACACACACCCUGCUCUCCCGGCCCGGUCGCCCCGCCCUCCGGCCGGCCAGCGAAGGAGGACGACGGCGAGGGGCAGCCCCGGACGCCCAACCCGACCAACCAGCCGCCGUGCAAGCCGGCGGGCGCCAAGCCGGCCCCCCUCACCCCCACCAAGCUGCACCCGGCGGCGCCGCCGUCGUCCCCCGUCCACUACCCGGGCGCCAAGCCGCAGCCGCAGGGCUCGCCGUUCCGCAGCCAGCGGGCGCUCUUCUCUGCCCCGCCCCCGGGCCAGCAGCAGCCGCCGGCCCAGCCCGGCCCGGCGCCGUUCCCCCAGUACGGCUCGCAGACGGCCCCGCCCCCUCCGCCCCCGCCCCCUCCGGCGCCGCCGGCCGCCGCCGCCUACUUCCCCGGCCAGAGCGCCGCGCCCGCCGGACCUUUCCCCGGGUUCAAGCCCGCCGUCACGCCCCCGUACCCCCCGGGGUCGCAGCCCCUGAUGCAGACUCUGCCCCACGGCGUGCACUACCAGAGCGCCGCCGCCGCCCCCCCGCCGCCGCCGCCGCCCCCCCCUCACCCCAUCGCCGGGCCCACGCUGCUCCACGUCAACCUGCAGCCCCCGCCCAUCCAGCAGCACCAGCUCAUGCUGACCGCCGCCCCUCCCCCGCCCCCUCCCCCGCAGGGACAGACCUCCCAGCAGCAACAGCAGCCGCCGCCCUCCGGCGGCCCCCUCCUGUCCCUCACCCCCCCGCCCCCGCCCCCUCCGCCUCCGCCCGCGCCCUCCGGCAGCACGCCCCUGCAGCCCCACCACUUCCAGAACUUGGGGGGGUUUCAGCCGGCGCUGAUGCACCCCGGCGCCGCCACGAACCCUCCGGUCCCCCCCAACACGUACCCGCCGCCCCUCCAGCAGCCCGGACUGCCCCCGCCGCCUCCUCCCCCCCCUCAGCAGCCUCAACCGGGCCAGGCCCAGGCCGCCGCCCCCCAGAUGCCCGCCGGGACUCGUGGAGCCCCGACGCCGUCGACCCCCUUCCACAGCUCGGGGUACCUGAGCACCGGGUGGCACUGACCCCUCCCCCCCCCCGCGGCCCCUGAGAACUCGGCCUGAGAGGGGCUUGUACCAUAAGCUGUAGAUACGUUUUCUACGUACCUGAACACACGGCCAGUGGAAAAACAGCAGACUGUGGGAUGAAAGGGUACUUUUUCAGAAAUGAAAUUUAAAAAAAAAAAAAGAAAAAAAAAAAACCAGAGGAAAUUUUAGGACAAUAAAAUAAUCUUCAAGACAAACUGUAUCAAAGUGAAGAUGGACGCCCCCCUCGGUGCUCAUAACCCCCCUGCCCCCCCCUUCCCCUCCUAUCUUUAUCCCACUGGCCUCCGUUUGUUUUUAUGAUGUCCUUCCUGUGAUGGAGAGGGUGGUUCUGUCCUGCGUCCCGUUCGGACCCCCCCAAUGUAACGCCCCGCACUUUGUUUAUCAGUGGACAUUCCAGCCUAUACCCGCCUGCCCCCCGCCCCCCCCCCCCCCCCCCCCCCCCCUCCUCGGUCAGUUAUUACUCCUCCUCUCUCUUGUCUCUUGUUCUUGAUCUCUACACCAUUUAAUUGUUUUAUUCUAGUGGCUCGUUAUAGCGAACAGAAAGCUUUUUGUAUAGAGAAAGAAACCACAAUUAUUUUUUUUAUUCCUCUGUCUAACAACAAAUAUCUGUUCACCGCUGCAGAUUCACAAAAGACCCUUUUCAGGGGAGGGGGGGGGCUCGCUGCCCACAGAGGCUGCACUCAAGAGGAUCUGUGUGUGUGUGUCUGUCAGUUUUGUGUGUGUGUGAUCGUUACAGGUGUGUCUGAGUGCUCAGUCCUCCGGGACGGAGUGUGUUUGUGUGUGUGUUGUUGUUACAGGUGUGUGCGUGUGUCUGUUACAGGUGUGUUUCUGAGUGCCCAGUCCUCCGGGACUGCCCGUGUGUAACGUGUGUGUGUGUGUGUUUGUCACAGGAUGUGUGUAUUGCGUCUCUGAGUGCCCGGCCCUCUGUGGCAGCCGUCCCCCCUCAGUAGGACGUUAGCGGUUUAUUUUUGAAUAUCAAUGGUUAUUUGUAGAAAGUGUAAUUUAAUGUAUAGGUGGUUACUCCAGCUUUCACCAGGAACAGGAUGUAAAUAUUUGCUUCUUUUCUUUUCUAUGCUUGUACAAUUCGCUCCCAUCCCAUUUUGAAAUAUGGUUGUAAAUAUGAACGCUCUUCUUGGCAAAGCUGAAUGUUUCUGUGACUGUAGCAUUAUUUUUAUUUUAUUCCCCCCCCCCCAAACUCUUUCGACUUUGUCUUUUUUUUAUUAUUUGUGUGUGUGAGUGUAUGUUUGUGUGGCGCGGAGAGACUCACAGACACUGCACUGGUUGGCUAUUUUCAUGGUUCAUUAUAAUAAAUCACUGUAAUGACAGUU